UCCCCGAGCGUCGGCCCAUGGCCAGCGUCAACUGCAAGGUGGCCGCUUCCCUGUUCAAGAGGACGCUGUGCCUGUCCCCGGCCCACAAGCCCGCCGGGCAGCGCUCGCUGCUGACGGUCGGCAGGCUGCAGGAGAGGGGGCUGCGGGAGGGCCGCGCCGUCCACAAGUGCUUCACCCCCCAUAACCCGGCCCCCUGCUGCCGCUUUCACGCCGUCUCUCUCCCCCGACAGGACGUCAUGAGCCCGAGCCUGCAGACCUGCUACAAGUACCUGAACCAGACCAGCCGGAGCUUCGCCGCCGUCAUCCAGGCCCUGGACGGGGAGCUACGGCACGCCGUCUGUAUCUUCUAUCUGGUUCUGAGAGCUCUGGACACAGUGGAGGAUGACAUGACCAUCAGCCUGGAGACCAAGAUCCCCAUGCUGCACAACUUCCACACCUUCCUGUACCAGGCCGACUGGAGCUUCACGGACAGCAAAGAGAAGGAUCGCCAGGUGCUGGAGGACUUCCCAACAAUCUCUUUGGAGUUUAGGAACUUGGCGGUGGUCUACCAGGAGGUGAUCGCCGACAUCUGUCAAAAGAUGGGGGUGGGGAUGGCGGAGUUCCUGGAGAAGCAUGUGGAGACGUUACUGGAGUGGGACAAGUACUGUCACUACGUGGCUGGUUUGGUGGGGAUCGGCUUGUCCCGUCUGUUCUCUGCAUCAGAGCUGGAGGACCCCAUUGUAGGAGAGGACACGAGGCUCUCCAACUCCAUGGGUCUGUUCCUGCAGAAGACCAACAUCAUCCGUGAUUACCUGGAGGAUCAGCUGGAAGGCCGAGAGUUCUGGCCGAAAGAGGUGUGGAGCAGAUACGGGAAGAAGCUGUCUGACCUCGCCAAGCCAGAAAACAUUGUGCCGGCCGUGCAUUGCCUGAACGAGCUCAUCACCAACGCCAUGCAACAUGCGCCCGACGUCCUGCUUUACCUGUCCCGACUGCGAAACCAAAGCGUGUUCAACUUCUGCGCAAUCCCGCAGGUGAUGGCUAUCGCCACGCUGGCCGCCUGUUACAACAACCAGCAAGUGUUUAAAGGAGUGGUGAAGAUCCGGAAGGGCCAGGCUGUGACUCUGAUGAUGGACGCCACAAACAUCCAGGCUGUGAGAGCCAUCAUGUAUCAGUACGUGGAGGAGAUUUACCAGAAGAUCCCCAUGACUGACCCAUCUUCUGGACGGACACAAAACAUUAUAGCCGCUGUCAGGAAGCUGAGUUUGCUCAAUGGCCCCCUGGUUUCCCGGCCCAGCUAUUCCCCCAUAUACCUGUCCUGCGCCAUGCUACUGGCGGCCCUCAGUUGGCAGUACCUGAGCACGGUGCAGGCCUCAGAGGAAGUCCACACGGGCCAGUGACCUGGGACAAUUCACCUCCAAUGCACCCAUCUCAGUUCUGUUCUCCAUGGUAGUAAUCUCUUGGGGUUCUCAGAGGAUUUUUGGGCUGGAGCCCUUCUGAGGACAUCUAUUCAGCCGAGAUCCUAGCACUUAAAGCACAUUUACAAAGCCUCGCUUGGCCGGCUUCUCAUCUCCAUGACGUUUAAUCCCAGGGGAGAUUCUGAAACGGGAUUGUUUUCAGGACUUGUAGCUUUAUCAGAUUAUCCUUUAAAAAGUAUCAGUGACCGAACUAUAGUGCAGGUCCGGACGGUAGUGAGAGGGAGC